AUAACCCGAUUACCCGCUUUACAUAAAACUUUGAUUAAAAAUUGCCUCAAAAAAAUAAAACUUUGAUGAAAAAAAUAAAUAAAUAAAUAAAAUGAGACCCAGAAAAUGGGUAGUGGACAAAUGAGAAAAAUGAAAGGCAAAGGCAUCAGACUCAUACACGCGCACAGCACGGCCAUCACAAUUUACACAAAUUCUCAACACAAAAUCUGACACACACAAACACUGUGAACUUGCGAAGAGGAGAGAGAUAACUCCAUACACCCAACAAAGCUUCUCUCUAAUGGAGACUGCGAUUAUUGCCAGAUUAGCUCUUUCCCCCAACCAUGUUCUUAACCCUAUUUCCGGGGAUAAACAUUAUUUUUGUAAAGGAUUGUGCCACCACCGCGGAUUCCUUAUGGCUGUGUCAGCUACUGGAUCUUCUAAGGGAGGAGUAUUAGACAGACCUGUAAUUGAGAAAACUACCCCUGGACGUGAAUCUGAGUUUGAUCUGAGGAAAACAAGGAAAAUAGCUCCUCCAUAUCGUGUACUACUGCACAAUGACAACUUCAACAAAAGGGAAUAUGUUGUGCAAGUACUGAUGAAGGUUAUACCCGGAAUGACAGUCGACAACGCUGUAAACAUCAUGCAAGAAGCACACAUCAAUGGCAUGUCAGUGGUUAUAAUAUGUGCUCAGGCUGAUGCUGAAGACCAUUGUAUGCAGCUGAGAGGCAACGGGCUGCUGAGCUCUAUUGAACCUGCAGGCAGUGGAUGCUGAAUUGCGAAAGUGUGAAAGAGAGGCCUUGUGGUUGUGGGAAGGCCAACAUAGUUGUAUAAUGUUUAUAAAUUACAUCUACAUAUGUACAUAUCUGGUAGCCAUUGCCCAUGUGAACCUUGGUUUUUGUUGUGCUCAAAUUUAGACAAGAUUUAUCUUAUCAAUACAUAAUAUUGCUCUUACUUGACUA